AGCUAAAUGGAAGAGAGUGAUGUGAUUGAAUUGUGUGAGAUGGACUUGGCAUCAAACCUCACAAAGAAAAUUGCAAAUCCUUCUCCUCCAAUUCAUCACUUUCUUCUUCUUCUUCUUCUUCUUCUUCUUCAAUCUUCUUUAGCAUUGUUUCUUCAAGUUAAAUCCACAUGCUGUUUGUUGGUCCCUCAAUUUUCAAAUCUGUCUCCCUCUGUUGCUGCUGAGAAGAACCCAUUUCCCUUUUCUUCUUCAAAGUGUUCCUGUGAAACCCCAUUGCCAAGAAACCUCCCACAACUACUUUCCCAUGUGACUUCUCAACCUUCACCUUCUUCUUCUGACCACAAUUGACUUCCUUAUAAUAGACACUUACUUUCCUUCUUUUUGAGUUCCACCCUUCAUCACCAUCAUUUCCCUUUUUCCAUUCUUCAAUCCAAAAUCAUUUCUUUGCUGGGGAACCAAAAAUGGGUAUGUGGAAAUUGAGAUUUUUGGGGUUUCUUUGUGCCUAUUUUCUCUUUACAAUUGGUGCCGUGGAGCUGGGCAGGAACCAACCAACUGAAAGAAUUUCAGGUAGUGCUGGUGAUGUAUUGGAAGAUGAUCCAGUGGGAAGGUUGAAGGUUUUUGUAUAUGAACUUCCAAGUAAGUACAAUAAGAAAAUUCUGCAAAAAGAUCCGAGAUGCCUCAACCAUAUGUUUGCUGCUGAAAUCUUUAUGCACCGGUUUCUCUUAUCUAGCCCUGUCCGAACCCUUAAUCCGGAAGAGGCUGACUGGUUUUAUACCCCUGUAUACACCACUUGUGACUUGACACCAAAUGGCCUCCCUUUACCCUUCAAGUCACCACGAAUGAUGAGAAGUGCCAUACAGCUUAUUUCUUCAAACUGGCCUUAUUGGAAUCGCACAGAGGGGGCAGAUCACUUCUUUGUGGUUCCUCACGAUUUUGGGGCUUGUUUUCAUUACCAGGAAGAGAAGGCAAUUGAAAGAGGGAUUCUUCAACUGCUAAGGCGUGCUACAUUGGUUCAAACAUUUGGACAGAGGAAUCAUGUUUGCUUGAAAGAGGGCUCAAUUACCAUUCCCCCAUACGCUCCACCACAGAAAAUGCACACCCACCUAAUUCCUGAUAAGACUCCCAGGUCCAUUUUUGUAUACUUCCGAGGACUUUUUUAUGAUGUUGGCAAUGACCCUGAAGGUGGUUACUAUGCAAGAGGUGCAAGAGCAGCAGUGUGGGAGAACUUUAAGGACAAUCCUCUAUUUGAUAUCUCCACUGAGCAUCCAACCACGUACUACGAGGACAUGCAACGAGCUGUGUUUUGCCUAUGCCCACUUGGAUGGGCUCCUUGGAGCCCAAGAUUGGUAGAGGCUGUGAUAUUUGGUUGCAUACCUGUUAUUAUUGCAGAUGACAUUGUGCUGCCAUUUGCUGAUGCAAUCCCAUGGGAAGAGAUAGGAGUGUUUGUUGCUGAGGAGGAGGUUCCAAAGUUGGAUACCAUACUCACAUCUAUCUCACCAGAAGUCAUAUUAAGGAAGCAAAGAUUGCUUGCUAACCCUUCCAUGAAGCAAGCAAUGCUUUUCCCACAGCCUGCUCAACCUGGAGAUGCCUUCCAUCAAGUUUUAAAUGGACUGGCAAGGAAGCUGCCACAUGACAACACCAUGUUCUUGAAACCAGGGGAGAAGAUCUUGAAUUGGACUGCUGGACCUGUGGCUGACCUUAAACCUUGGUAAUUCAUUUUGCAACAUGAUUGAGGUUUCAUAAUAUGCUCCAGAUUCUUGUUUCCUCCUAUAAUAGAGGUACAUGUCUUAUACUGCAUGCUGGACUCGGUAAAUUGGAUGGCACUGCAAAUUAAACUGUGAUGAAAUUAACUUCACAGUAAUUCUUGCAUGUAUUAUUGUUCAGAGACAGUUCUACUUGAGGUAGAUGGAAUACUAAAUGUUGACACUUUUACAUAGAAUAUUCAAGUCUUGGUUUUUUGAUAUUUUCAUGUUAAAUUGAUGAUAUCAGUUUGAAAUGAAGAUUCAAUUAUGCCAUUGAA